UUGUCUGUCUGUCUAUCAGCCUCCUCAGUGGACAGCCUCCUCAUUAUGUUAUCAUCCCCCUUCCUUCUGGCUGGGCCCUGAUAAAGCAGUGAUGGCUUCCUCAACCCCAUCCCAUUUCUAUAUGAGUUUACCCUGCUGAGAGCUAAAGAGCCCAGGAUUAGCUGAGGCAGGGUGGAAUGGAAGGGUGAGUAUUUCAUGAGAUUAGGUGUCAUUUCUCUCUGCCUUCCUGUCAUUCCUCUAAUGACAGCAGGCGGCACAGCAGAGGGAAGAGGGAUACGGGCGCUGUGCUGCCUGUCAGAUUUAUCGAAGUGGCCCAAGGCCAGCUGGCAAACCUGCUAAAUGACCCCUCUCUCUGCUCUGCCUGAGAUGAAUGCAUUUCCUCCCCCCUGGCAGACAGCACAGGAUAGCCCCAAAUAUAUACCUGCUCUUUUUGACGAGCUUUAGCAGAUCGACUCACAACUUAACUUUCCUUAUUACACUCACUUCAGAGGACAAAGUGUCAUCAGGAACUUCAGUUAGAUGCUGCUGGAAUAUUUUGGGAAUGUUGACAAGCAUUCUACACUUCAGGGAUUCAAUCAUAUGUAUUUCAUCCUUCUGAACUUUUAAUUUCAUAAUUUCAUUGUCUGUAAAUUCUCAUAUUUUCUCUCUCUAUGUUUCUCUGUGUCUCUGUUGAUUGUUUCCAUGGUGUUCUUGUUCCUACACCCUCCUCUUCAUGGCAUCUCAGAUAUGCAGUGAAUGUAGAUGCCAAGGAAGGCAAAGAGGUUAAGGAGAUUACAGAAGGUAGCAAGGAAGGCAAAGAAGUAGACAGCAGAUCGGUGUCUGUGAUGAGUUCCCUUAGCUACAGGAAGCGUUCCAACCUGAAAGACUCCAUUGGAGGCCAGGGGGACGAGAGCUCCCUCUUCAGUACGCUAAAGGAACAGUCCGACACCCCGGACCGCUCCUCCCUACGCAAGGCCAAGUCUAAGUCUACAGACCAGGAUGACAGGAAGAAGUCACAAGAUGAUGAUGACUGUGGUUCGGUCAUCUCCCAGGCCUACUCUGAGGCCACCAGCAGGGCCAGGAAGGGUCUUGAGCGCCGCUGGGCCCCACACAGCCCUGACUUUGACAAGGACUCCAUGGUGUCGUCCCUGGCCCCUAGCAGGUCCAGCCGUAGAGCCAUGCCAAACAUGGAUGAUGACAAUAUGUCCACCAUUAGCAGCAUCACCAGUGUUAGUCGUACCAGCCCUCGUGGCCUGCGACGUAGCACCUCCUGGAAGGAUGAUGGGCGUAGCGAUUCAUACGGGACCUCGGUCAGCCCCAGCAUGAGCAGGCGCACUGGGGGUCGCAGCCCAGGCAGCGUGAGCAAGGCUGACUCCCGUAUAUCUGUGGCCCGCAGCAGCCGGCUCAGUGAGUUCGGCCUGCGCAUGGACGACGAUGAUGAUGCUCUGAGCAUGGCCUUCAGUCAGGGAACCUCUGCCUACAGCCCCCACUCCCUAGGCCGCAGCUUCUCCACCCCGGCCCAGCCUCGCUCCUCUGACGACAACCCCCCAGACACCUCUGACAUUAAGGCUGUCACCCACCGCAACUACCUUGACCCUGACCUGGAGAAGGCUAUCAACGAGGUCCUCAGCUUCAAGCCCAUCAAGUUCAAACGCAGCAAACUGGACGAGUCUGACGACGAGGAAGAGAAUGAGGUAAAUAAAGAUGAGGAUGACCGGAACAGUGUGAAGGGGGAUGACGAGGGUCUGGGCCGUAGUGCAUCCAGCGUGCGUCGCUCAGCGUCUGGCUCGGCAGUGGACUACAGCACCAGGUCCUCCAGCAGCUUCAGCUCCCACAGCACCAGCAGCUCCAGCUCCCGCAGAGGCAAGGCCAAGAAGAAGAGCUCCUCAGACAGCUCCUCAGACUCCGAUGACCGCCACAGCAGGAAGAGCUCCAAGAAGAAGGGAAAGAAGUCCAGAAAGGGCUCCAGGAAGAAAGAGAGCGAGUCUGAAUCUUCCUCUUCGGAGUCCUCCUCUUCCUCCAGCUCGGCCUCCACCGUCUCCUACCGCAGCUCCAACAGUGUGAAGAGAGGUCCAGCCCGCCCUGCCUCAGAUGAGGAAGAUGCCACUGAACAGAGACCCCCAAGUAAGAAGGAUGAGAAGAAAAAGAAGAAGAAGAUGGACAGCAUGGUGAUGAAAUAUCUCUACAAGCCUGAUAGUGACUAAAGCCCCUGGCCAGCAGUAGGUGAUGCCUGGGAAUGGAGUGAAAGCACGGUGUGACUAACCAAGCAUGUUGACUUUAUAGUAUAGAAUAAGAAGGCCCGCACACUGUUAAAGCUCCCAAUUCACCACUUUAUUGACAAGGUUUCCAUCCGAAAUGGAUUUUCGUCAGGUCAAACACACUGAGUGUUCACAUCCCAAAACAUCCACAUUGCGGACAUGACACAUGGUGGGUGCAACAAACGUUUGUAUAUCUCUAAUAAUUAAAUAACAAUGAGAUGGGUGCAUGGAAUGGUUCCAGAACAUAAUAAAUAUCGUCACAACAUUCGCUCUGAGGUACAUUGGCAUCGAACAUGUCAAGACUCCCAGGUGGAGAGGAGAUACUGAUAAUCUAUUGUUGAGAAGAGAAUCGUAUUGGAUUCACUGUUUGUGUACCAUGUCUCCUAGAGGUCUGAAUCAAGAGUUUGAUGUCAGACCAUUUCUUGCCUGAGUAUGUCACUUAACUUUGAUUUGUCUUGCCUUCCAGGUUACCCACUUCGUCAUUUGGUAAAUAUUUACUAUGAGCACUCAGUGUGUUUGACCUGAUGAAGAUCCCAUUUCGGAUGGAACCUUGUCAAUCAAGUGGUGUUCUAUACUAUUAUUCUUUAUUAGCCCAGCACCUAUGUUUUUUUUAAGGAUGUGCGUAUGACCACAAACUUAUUUUAUAGCGUUAUUAGCAUCAACACGUGUAUCUGAUUUCUUUACUUACUUAUUCAUUUGACAUAAACACAAGUUUAUGCCAUAAGUGUUCCUCCACUCGAUGUGUAUCCGGGUUGAUGUGAAAUACCACAAUGCCUUUCUUUCUGAAUUGUAGUGAUGACUCAUGACCAUUGCAAGAUGGAACAUGCGUUGUGGCGCCAGGUUCCCAUCCCUGAGCAAAUAAAACAGGACACAUAAUUGUCUCUGCAUGUUAACCCUUCACUCUCGUGGGAGUUGGCCUCUAUAGAUAAGGCUAAAUUGAGAUACUUCUUACAGAAGAAAAUAUGAAAAGGGUAACAUUUGAAAGGAACAGUUGAAAGGGGAAAUGAUUAGACCAAAGGCGAGGACACAACAGUUCAUCUGACACAAGACUGAAUCCAAACAUUACACUGUUGAUUUUAUGUUUUACAUUGACUGUACUUUUUUGCUGCAUUUGUUGGUAAAGAAAUCUGAAGAUAGUCUAGAUACAUUAUGAACAUGAUAAGAAUAUCCCUGGAAAAUGUGAGGUAGAUGCGACAUAAGACAAAAAAACAAUGACAAAGGUUUGAGAGGACUAUCUGGUCUCUCCAAAGUGUGCACAGUUCCUAAGCAAUUUCAAUGCACUUUUAUGACUCAAAAAAAGAGUCUUCAACUAUAAGGUGUUUUUUGAGCGCUCCUAGCUGUGCCGUUGAGGAACUAGAGCAGCACACUUGAGGUUGUUUUGUUUGGAACACAACCCUGCAUCCCGCAAUUACACAGUUACUGUUGUUUACGCAAACCAAAAAUCACAAUCUUGGUCAGGUGGGCAGUUUUUGAAAGUCUGUUCUAUUGCCAAAAUGACUAGGUAAGUGCAAUUCAGGCAAACCGAUGAUAGUGUGUGUGCUGCUGCAAAUGUUCUUCACAAUAGACAAACGGGCUCUUUCUGUUCAGAACAACCCAGGGUUAUGAUGCCAUGUCAUCUUGUAACUGUACAUCAAACAUAGUGAUCAUAAACGUUGACACUGCGUAUGACUUGAGCUUUCGAAUGUGGAAAUGUGAAGUGCAUGUUUGGUUUCACCGGUGUUGCACUUGCUUUUACGACAUCAAAGCGGUAUUUAUUAUAAUCCACAACUUCUCAUCUUUCAAAACACAUAGCCAUCUGAAUUUAUAACAUUUCCCGCACUCACGACGACAAAACAUGUGCCCCCCAAAAUGUUGCCAAAUUAGCAGGAGGGAUGGGGACAACAUCUUUUUGCGCGAGGUGCUCUAGUUUCAAAUGGCUGUCAUGCGAAGAGCCAGAGCUUUUGACGUCAGGUACAGUAUAGCAUGUCACUGUAUGGCCACUGCGUUCCAAUUGAUCUGUGCCUAAAUCUUCAAUUUUCAACCCGUAUAUGGGUACGAGUGUAAAGGGACAAUCGAGAUUUCUUCCCUGAACAUGGUGCUUGGUGAUGGUGAGGAAGCUAACUGCAUGUUGGUGCACAUAUUAAUAGACAACCAUCCAUCAAGCAUGGCCACUUUAAAUGUGCUCCCUCCGGGCCUCAACAAGACAUAACUGUAGACCUGAUUGAACAUGAACACUGAUUACUGCAUUAGCAUAUAUCCACCAUGUGUUUAAUAUGCUGGAUUGAGGGGAACCGUUUACAUAUGGUAGGUCCGUUACUUCAACAGCAUGACAAUAAUAAUAGAAACAUGUGGGCAAAGUCACUUGGUCUGAAGAGGUGGUGUUACUCAGCUUUCCUGCAGAGGCCGUGUGCUACACUACAUGGCCAAAAGUAGAUGGACACCCCUUCAAAUGAGUGGAUUUGGCUAUUUGGCUACUGGUGUAUAAAAUCGAGCACACAGCCAUCCAAUCUAUAUAGACAAACAUUGGCAGUAGAAUGGCCCGUACAGAAGAGUUCAGUGACUUUCAACGUGGCACCGUCAUAGGAUGCCACCUUUCCAACAAGUCAGUUCCUGAAAUGUCUGCCCCUGCUAGAGCUGCCCUGGUCAACUUUAAGUGCUGUUAUUGUGAAGCGAAAUUGUCUCGCAUCACAAUGCCCCUGUGCGCAAAGCAAGGUCCACACAGAAAUGGUUUGUCGAGAUCAUUGUGGCCUGCACAGAGCUCUAACCUGAACCCCAUUGAACACCUAAUGCCAUUGUGGCUGAAUUGAAGCAAGUCCCUGCAGCAAUGUUCCAACAUCUAGUGGAAAGCCUUCCCAAAAGAGAAGAGGGGGACCAACUCCAUAUUAAUGGCCAUGAUUUUGGAAUGAGAUGUUUGAUGAGCAGUUGUCCACAUACUUUUGGCCAUGUAGUGUAUAGUCACUGUGCCACUGCUUUGUCCUUGUUUCAUCAACUUCGAAGCUCUGCGUUAGCCCCCGAAGGGUAAUGAAAGCGUAAACCAGAAUGCUAAACUGUCCUACCUUGGACCGUUUCUAUUUUCAGCCUGUCCUUCCAUCUCGCCAUAUGGCGAUUAUGAAAGCUUCAAGAGAAAUGAAUAUAACACUGGACAAAACUGAGUUAAAUAAAACACAGGUCCACAUUCUGACUUUGAAAAUCUUUAUUGUUUUUUUUUUGUGCAUGAAACUAGUGUUGUGGAUCUAGUAAUGUUGCAGUGUUUUGGUUUGUUUGGCUAUUGGCAGCCAUGCAUGAUCUUUGCUCCAGCAUUGAUUGUUACUUUGAAAGGGGUAAUGUGCUGCGUUUCUAUUCAAGCAGCUUAUACUGCUGACCAUGGCCCUGACCCGUGGAGGAAGAUGGAGUCUGUAGGCUUGAUAUGUGACCUGUGACCUCUGCAAAUCUCAAGCACCCAUAGUUUUCAGGCAGGGUUCAAUUCAGCAGCGUUUCUCCUAUAUAAAAAGCUCUCUCUUCUCCUCUCUCCUC